CUCGAGUAUACAUUAAAUGUGAACACUCAAAGUACCAAACGCAAAUCAGAGUCUAUCACCCUAUCUUUGUUCUCCGGCAGUGACCAGCCGUCAAAUGUGGUUACAUCAUUGUUUUGACGCCUACUAACCGCCGCCGUCACCCUUCUUCUGCCCAUCUUCCCAUCUAACCGAUCAUGACUUCAGGUCUUCAGCUUUAAUUUAUUUCUAAACAAACCUGAGUCAGCAAACCUUAGCUUACCUCACUCCGGCUGACCAUUUCUGAUCUAAAUAUAUAUAUAUAUAUAUAUAUAUAUAUAUAUAUUAUAUAUAUACCCUUUGAAGCCUAGCUACUCACCCUUUCUUUUUCCCAUUCACAUUCAAUCUGCCAUUUUUUCGUUACAAAAUGGACCACCGUAGUGGGUUUUCUUCCGGCGGUGGCAAGAAUUCCGACGAGGAGAAUAAUACUGAUAAUCAUAGUAUUAAAGACAGGAAGAAAGAGGUGAAAAAGAGAGUGGCGAUAAGGAAGCUAUUCUCGUUUGCGGAUGGUUGGGACUAUGUUUUGAUGUUUGUUGGAUUUGUGGGUGCUUGUGUUCAUGGGGCUUCUGUUCCUGUCUUCUUCAUCUUCUUUGGCAAAAUUAUUGAUAUUAUUGGAGAGGCUGUGCUUUUUCCUGCUGAAGCGUCGCCUAAAGUUGCCAAGUACUCCUUGGAUUUUGUUUACUUAAGCGUGGCCAUACUUUUUGCCUCAUGGACAGAGGUGGCAUGUUGGAUGCACACCGGAGAAAGGCAAGCGGCAAAGAUGAGAAUGGCAUAUUUGAGGAGUAUGCUGAAUCACGAAGUUAGUUUUUUUGAUACUGAAGCUUCCACCGGGGAAGUCAUUUCUGCAAUUACCAGUGAUGUUAUUGUCGUUCAAGAUGCCAUCUCUCAAAAGGUGGGGAAUUUCAUACACUACAUCAGCAGAUUCUUGGCAGGGUUCACUAUAGGGUUCAUAAGGUUGUGGCAAAUCAGCCUGGUCACCCUCUCCAUUGUCCCGCUCAUAGCCCUCGCCGGCGGUGUCUACGCCUUCGUUGUCACCGGCCUAAUCGCCAGAGUUCGCAAGUCUUAUGUCAAAGCUGGUGAAAUCGCCCAAGAGGUGGUUGGUAAUGUCAGAACAGUGCAAGCGUUUACAGGAGAAGAGAAGGCAGUGAAGUCAUACACAGAUGCGUUAAUCGGCACUUACAAGUAUGGAAAGAAGGCAGGGCUAGCCAAAGGGCUUGGACUCGGCACCUUACAUUGUGUCCUUUUCCUUUCUUGGUCAUUGCUUGUUUGGUUCACUAGCAUAGUUGUCCACAAAAACAUCGGGAAUGGAGGAAAUGCUUUUACCACCAUGCUUAACGUUGUCAUCGCUGGCCUGUCACUGGGGCAGGCAGCACCGGAUGUUACAGCUUUUAUCCGUGCCAAGGCAGCUGCUUAUCCUAUUUUUGAGAUGAUCGAGAAAAAUGUGGCCAACAAAACUGGCUCAAAGAGUGGGAGGAAACUGAACAAAUUAGAUGGACACAUCCAAUUCAAGGAUGUCUCUUUCAGCUACCCAUCACGUCCUGAUCUUUUGAUCUUUAACAAGUUGUGUCUUGAUACCCCCCCUGGCAAGAUUGUAGCUUUUGUAGGAGGAAGUGGAUCAGGGAAGAGCACAGUUGUGUCUUUGAUUGAACGCUUUUAUGAGCCCAGUUCAGGUCAGAUAUUAUUGGACGGAACUGACAGUAGAGAGCUUGAUCUCAAGUGGCUCAGACAGCAAAUUGGGUUGGUUAAUCAAGAACCUGCCCUUUUUGCCACAACCAUAAAGGAAAACAUUCUUUAUGGAAAAGAGGAUGCUACCCUUGAAGAUAUUGUUCAAGCUGCAAAACUCUCAGGGGCAAUCUCCUUCAUCAACAACCUACCUGAUAGAUUUGAAACUCAGGUGGGUGAGAGAGGAGUACAAUUAUCGGGUGGACAGAAGCAGAGAAUUGCAAUUUCUCGUGCAAUUGUGAAGAAUCCUGCGAUACUUUUGUUAGAUGAAGCUACAAGUGCACUUGAUGCGGAAUCAGAGAAGAAUGUGCAGGAGGCUCUUGAUCGUGUGAUGGUCGGACGGACAACUAUAAUGGUUGCUCAUCGUCUCUCCACCAUUAGAAAUGCUGACACCAUAGCUGUUCUCCAAAGUGGAAAAGUAUUAGAAAGUGGAAGCCAUGAGGAGCUCAUUUUGAAGCCGAAUGGAGCAUAUGCAUCUCUUGUUAAAGUUCAAGAGGCAGCUUCAUUUAAUCUUCUUCCAUCACAUGGGUCUAAUAUAGGGCAAUCUCUCAGUACCAGGUAUUCCCAUGAAGGAAGUAUGAGAUAUUCCCGUGAAUUAUCCCGAACAACAUCAAGAAGUAUAGGCGCUAGUUUUCGCUCCGAUAAAUCACAUAGUAAAUUUGGUGAUGAUGGUGGAGAGAGCAUUGCGACAUUUCCUGUUUCUUCAAAGAGGUUGUAUGCUAUGGUUGGCCCAGACUGGUAUUAUGGAGUUAUUGGGACAAUUUGUCUAUUUAUUGCUGGAGCUCAGAUGCCACUCUUUGCUCUUGGGGUAACUCAGGCCCUCGUAUCUUACUACAUGGACUGGGACACAACACGCCAUGAAAUCAAGAAAAUUUGCUUACUUUUCUGUGGAGGUGCCUUUUUAACUGUAAUUGUUCAUGCCAUUGCCCAUUGUUGCUUUGGGAUCAUGGGGGAGCGGCUUACAUUUCGUGUGAGAGAGAGGAUGUUUUCUGCUAUGCUUAGAAAUGAGAUAGGAUGGUUUGAUGCCAUGGACAACACAAGUUCUAUGCUCGCUUCACGCUUAGAAAGUGAUGCAACUCUUCUGCGAGCAGUAGUUGUUGAUCGCACCAGUAUUCUCAUACAAAAUAUAGGCUUGGUGGUCACUUCAUUCAUCAUCGCUUUUAUCUUAAGUUGGAGGCUUACUCUCGUUGUCAUUGCAACUUAUCCUCUUAUCGUCUGUGGCCACAUCAGCGAGAAACUAUUUAUGAAGGGCUUUGGUGGUGACUUAGAUAGAGCUUAUCUGAAAGCAAAUACAUUUGCUGGUGAGGCUGUGAGUAAUAUUCGAACUGUUGCAGCUUUCUGUUCUGAGGAGAAGGUUCUCGACUUGUAUGCUCGUGAACUUGAAGAACCCUCAAAGCAUUCGUUUUAUCGUGGUCAAGUUGCUGGGAUACUUUAUGGAGUGUCUCAGUUCUUUAUCUUCUCAUCUUAUGCUCUUGCAUUAUGGUAUGGUUCUGUACUGAUGGGAAAGGAGAUUUCCAGCUUUCAGUCAGUCAUGAAGUCUUUUAUGGUUCUGAUUGUAACGGCUUUGGCCAUGGGAGAGACCCUUGCAAUGGCACCAGACCUCCUAAAAGGAAACCAAAUGUUAUCAUCAAUAUUCGAAGUACUUGAUCGCAAGACUGAGAUUUCAAGUGAUGUGGGGGAAGUGUUAACAAAAGUAGAAGGCACAAUUGAGCUCAAGGAUGUAGAGUUCAGCUACCCUUCAAGGCCUGAUGCUUUGAUUUUUAACAAGUUCAGCAUGAGGGUGCGGCCAGGCCAAAGCAUGGCAUUAGUAGGACAGAGUGGUUCUGGUAAAAGCACAGUCAUCUCUCUCAUAUUGAGGUUCUAUGAUCCAACAUCAGGGAAAGUUAUAAUUGAUGGUAAAGACAUCAAGAGACUAAAGCUCAAGUCUCUAAGGAAGCACAUAGGCCUGGUCCAGCAAGAACCAGCACUUUUUGCCACAUCAAUCCACGCAAACAUUCUGUAUGGAAAAGAAGGAGCAUCAGAGGCAGAAGUGAUUGAAGCAGCAAAGGUAGCCAAUGCCCAUAGUUUCAUUAGUGCUCUCCCAGAAGGCUACUUGACCAAGGUAGGAGAGCGAGGCGUGCAGCUCUCUGGAGGACAAAAGCAGAGGGUAGCCAUAGCUCGAGCUGUCCUAAAGAACCCGGAAAUAUUGCUCUUGGAUGAAGCCACUAGUGCACUUGAUGUCGAGUCAGAGCGAAUAGUUCAACAAGCUGUGGACAGGUUGAUGAAAAGCCGGACAUCUGUUAUUGUGGCACAUAGAUUAUCAACCAUUAAAAAUGCAGACCAGAUAUGUGUUUUACAAGAUGGAAAAAUAAUAGAGGAGGGGCCUCAUUCUACACUGGUAGAGAACAAGAAUGGAGCAUAUUAUAAGUUGAUUAAUCUACAACAGCAUCAACAAGAAUAUUAGAAGUUGUCUGGGUAUUGAUAUAUCUAAUUCCAUGUAUAUAUUGUAAUUAUUAAGAGUGUGAUGUUUAUGUGGUAAUCAUAAAUUAUGUUCCUUAGAGGAACACAUGCUCUUUCCUAUUAUUGGAGCUGUGGUUGUUGACAGUUUCAUGGUGAUGGAAGAACAAGAGAUCUGGAUGGCGGUCACUAUGGACAUAAGAGCAGUGGGCAAGUUGUAAUUAGAGUCCAAACAAGCUGAGCUGAGCCUGAGUUUAGAACAUUUCUGCUGGCUUGAGCUCAAUGGAUCUGGUCCUAUAAUCAGGUUGACUGUUUUCCACCCUGAAACAGACCGGGGACACUACUGGGGUGGCCUCAAGUGGCCAUGACAUGUAGGAUAUUGAUGUUUAAGCAGUGAAUAUAUAUGGGAACCUUACUAUGAUGGAUCGAGAAUAGAAUUUGCAUAACCAUUGGACUUGACAUAAAAUAUUUUUGUGGGCUGAAUAUAAACAGGUCUUGCUAAAUACAGUUCUUAAAAGUACUUCACGG